CCGUGCCCCUGCCCUGCCCCAAGCUGGCGAUGUCCCGGGUGCCGAGUCCCCCCCCUCCGGCCGAGAUGUCCAGCGGGCCGGUGGCCGAGAGCUGGUGCUACACACAGAUCAAGGUGGUGAAGUUCUCCUACAUGUGGACCAUCAACAACUUCAGCUUCUGCCGGGAGGAGAUGGGGGAGGUGAUCAAGAGCUCGACCUUCUCCUCGGGGGCCAACGACAAACUCAAGUGGUGUUUAAGAGUGAACCCCAAGGGGCUGGAUGAGGAGAGCAAGGAUUACCUGUCCCUGUACCUGCUGCUCGUCAGCUGCCCCAAGAGCGAGGUCAGGGCCAAGUUCAAAUUCUCCAUCCUCAACGCCAAGGGGGAGGAGACCAAGGCCAUGGAGAGCCAGCGCGCCUAUCGCUUCGUGCAAGGCAAGGACUGGGGAUUCAAGAAGUUCAUCAGGAGAGAUUUCCUGCUGGAUGAGGCCAACGGGCUCCUGCCAGAUGACAAACUGACCCUGUUCUGUGAGGUGAGCGUGGUGCAGGACUCAGUGAACAUCUCAGGGCAGAACACCAUGAACAUGGUGAAGGUGCCCGAGUGCCGCCUGGCCGACGAGCUGGGCGGGCUCUGGGAGAACUCGCGCUUCACCGACUGCUGCCUCUGCGUGGCUGGCCAGGAGUUCAAGGGCCACAAAGCCAUCCUGGCAGCGCGAUCCCCCGUGUUCAGCGCCAUGUUCGAGCACGAGAUGGAGGAGAGCAAAAAGAACCGGGUGGAGAUCAAUGAUGUGGAGCCCGAGGUGUUCAAGGAGAUGAUGUGCUUCAUCUACACUGGCAAGGCCCCCAACCUGGACAAGAUGGCAGAUGACCUGCUGGCAGCUGCUGACAAGUAUGCCCUGGAGAGGCUGAAGGUGAUGUGUGAGGAUGCUCUCUGCAGUAACCUCUCCGUGGAGAACGCAGCUGAGAUCCUGAUCCUGGCUGACCUGCACAGUGCAGACCAGCUCAAAACCCAGGCUGUGGACUUCAUUAAUUACCACGCCUCGGACGUUCUGGAGACCUCAGGCUGGAAGUCCAUGGUGGUGUCACACCCGCACCUGGUGGCCGAGGCGUACCGCUCGCUGGCCUCGGCACAGUGUCCCUUCCUGGGCCCGCCCCGCAAGCGCCUCAAGCAAUCCUAAACUGCUCCCUGAGCCGAGCUUAGCGCUGCGCCUGAGAGCAGCGGGGACAGCCCGGCCUGUGCUCGGGCCAGGACUCUGCUCGGACAGCUCGGCCUGUGCUCGGACAGCCCGGCCUGUGCUCGGGCCAGGACUCUGCUCGGACAGCCCGGCCUGUGCUCGGGCCAGGACUCUGCUCGGACAGCCCGGCCUGUGCUCGGACAGCCCGGCCUGU